UAGAUAUUUUAUCUAGAUUACCAACUGAAUCUGCUUUAGAUUGCAAAUUGGUGUCAAAACCAUGGAGAAAUCUUAUUCAACAUCGGUCAUUUUCACAAAUGCAAUUAAAUCUUCAUCAUGAUUCUUCUGGUAAGUUGAGUUUGUUAUUAUAUGAACCAGAUUUUGAUGACGAAACAUACUUUUUGAUGAUGAAGAAGCAUAUUUUGACGAUUUUGUUGAAGAAGAAGACUUUUGUUAUGGUUAUGCUGAGUAUGAUGAGAAUUUAAACUGUUUUAGUAGACGUACAAGGAUGAAUUUAAGACCUCCAUUUAACCGUUGUUUCAAUGCAUCGUUUAAUUAUGGUAUUCCUUUGUAUGAAUAUGCUUAUAUCUGUAAUCCAGUUACUAGAGAAUAUGUUGUCCUUCCAAAAUUUAAAGGAGAGGAGUUGUUAACUGGAACUGGAUUUGGUUAUGUUCCAUCGACCAAUGAGUACAAGGUUGUCAGAAUUCGCAACUCUAGGAGAGACCCAAAUUUUGGAACUGUUCAGAUAUACACUCUUGGUAGUGGCAUUGGGUGGAGAAAUGUUAAAAAGAAGAUGGAUUAUAAUUUAAAACGGUUUUUCCUUGGUGCUCAAUUUUUCCUUGGUGCUCAAUGUGGUGUGUUUGCGAAUGGAGCUAUUCAUUGGGUGGACGACCGAGGAAUUAUUAUUGCCUUUAGUUUGGCUGACGAGGAGUUUCGAGAACUUCCGUCACCACCUUGUUUGGGAGGAAAUGGUAAUCCGCUUCCUCUUAAUCUACAUGUUUUAGACGAUUAUUUAUAUGCAUAUGGUACCCCGUAUCUAGAUUUUGACUUAUGGGUUUUGAAGAAGAAUCAAAAUUAUCAUGAUGUGUGUAUUUGGAGUAAAGAGUUCAGUAAUUUAUCAAUGUAUGUAAAACCGAUCACCUUUACAAAGAAUGGUGGGCUUUUGUGUCACGAUUCCCGUGAUGAAAAGGUAUAUCGUUACUCCCCAGAUCAAGCUUCAUCUUCUAGAAUGCUUGUGAAUAUUGAUAAGAAUUUUGUAUCGGGAAUCCGUCACAAGAACACCUUAGUGUCAUUGAAAGCACUAGGAGAAGAAGUUACGAAACUAAUGGAUUCAGGUGAAAGAGCAAGAACUAGCGGGGGGACAGGAACUGCGGUCGGUGCUCUACCGUGUAUAAAAAAGGAAGAAACCAAUCUCUGAAUAAUUAUAAACUGGAGUUUCGUUGGUGGGAGCCUGAUGAAGAGGAAUUUACCACCUAGCAAAAUGGCAGGCCAGCUUUAAUGCAGCCAGAUAUUUGUAUUUGCUGCUGCAAGAAUCCAUCC